AGGGGAGUUUAGAUUUUUAUUGGUGUAAGCAUGUUGACGUUUUAUCCGCUACACGCAUAUGAUGAGGUCGUCAUGAUGUUGUCUUUUCGAAAUUAGAUAUUAUGAAUGUCACCAUAAGCAUAAUCAUGGACACACAUGAAAUUUCAGUUGUUUGUAGCCAGGGUUGGAUCUGGUGAAGAUUGAUAUGUGAGAGGGACACCGGUUCCGGUUGGAAGAUUGAUGUAAGAUCACGUCCGUGGUCCUGUGGACGAACUACUUGCCAAUUUAUAGCCGCGGCCACGUUUCUACUUCUACGACGAGAACGACUUCUGAGACGAUUCGAGAUGGUGUGGCAGCCCUUCUACAUCGCUGCACUGGAGGUGCGUGCGCAAGCGAAACACCGUGUGAUGAUGGCGCCGAUCUAUGCGGCGUUCAGUAAAGAGCACAAGGCGGUUCCGAAACUACACGAAUUUCUCAGAGGGGCAAGACAGGCGUUCAUUCAUGUGAAUACGACGUUAGUCCGAGAACAGGACCCAGUCAUGCUAAAGCCGUGCUUCACACCAGCAUUCUGGGAGCAAAUUAAAGAAGUUGGUAUCUUCUUCGAUCAUGUCCCGAUUUUCAUCGUCUCAUAGAUUACAUAUCUAAAUUUGAUUUGUCUCAAAGUCGCUCUAUCAUAUCCAACAUGUAGUAAUUAUAGUUGUACUUGUUCCACUGCCACUCGACGACGUCGUAACGUGCAGCUAGAAGAAGUACUUAGUAUCAUCUUUUCCUCAAACUCAAUGGUAAGGAAAAAAAUUACAUCUCAUUUUCAGGUAGCACUUUGGAGCAGGAUCGCCGAGACCACGGCGACAGCUAUGAGUUAAAAUUCACCGAAGUAACGCCAUAUCUCAACGAAGUUAUAUACAACGACGAGGAGGGAAAGCUUCUGGUACUCACAUAGACUCUUGCGGUAGUACUAGCACUUCUUGGAGACACUCCUUUGGUAGCACUGCAAUACUGCUUAUCCCUCUAGUAGUAGUAUGGGACCGAUGUGAAGAAAGAUGUAGUUAUUUGCGGUCGUGCACGAAGAGGUAUGAUGAAGUUAAACUGUUGCUGAUCUUCUCCUGUAUGAUCGAUUUUUUUCAUCGAGUUUGUUUUGAUAUUUAGUAAAUUACGUUUUCAAGUCAAACAAAUUGAUGUUGUGCUCCCGCGUCCUCCUACAGGUUGAGGUGGAGUAUUUCUCGCAGUACAGUUUUCGAUUCGAGGCGCCUGAAAGUGCGCGUGAGACGCGAUUCAAUACGGUUCUGUUUGAGGCGAGUAUGAAGGAAAAGGAGCCGACUUUUCGCAUUUCGCGGUCUGAGUAA